CAACUACCGAAAAUCAAAAUGUCGUCCGUCUCACCUCCGCCUCCGUUUCUCUACUCCACCCUGACAAACAGUCGGAGUUUGUCAGGGGCUGGAAUUAUAGGGUGGUCUAUCUCAAGUGUGGAUGAAGGGUUGCUACAGAAGUCCGUGAGCUCCAACAUCGAAACUACAGACCGCGUCCUUGCCACUUUCCGAUCUCUCUUCGGCUUCUCCCUAGACUGGCGUCAAUUCCCAGUAGUACGGGUUGCAGACGUCGCACAGGGCGGGUCAUCAGAAGGAGGCAAUCCCUUACUCGCCCAACAGAGCAAUUUGCAGAAGGGAGACAUGCUGCUUGCGAUAGGAAGUUCAGUCGAUCGAGUGACUUUGGUAUCGGGAUGGGGUGCCAAAAACAAGGAUAAUAUUAUAGAGUAGUUUAUAGAACGGAUGUAGGAUGGACUUGGAUGGAUCGGAUGGACCCCCCUGAUUCUUCCGAUCCUACUUGAAAUGGUGGGAAGUCCAUCCGUUCCAUCCGAUCCAUCCCAUCCCGGAUCUGGCACCCCUAUAAACUGCUCUAAUAUUAAAAGUCCCGAAGCCGCGAUCCU